CCCAAGGGUCCGUAGCUGACGCUCCCUUAGCAGAGGCUCUCAGCUGCAGUGAGCUAGAAGAAAGCAGAGAGAUGGAGAAGAAUGGUGUUUUAACUGCUGAGCUGGUUUCCAGCUGUGUAACCCAACUUGGACGUUUUGGCACUGGGCUGCAGCACUUGUACCACCACCUGUCGCUGCCUAGUCACAAUCUCUGUGACAUCUCUGUUUUGUGCAAAUAUGUCCAUCUUCAAAAGCUGGAGGUGCCACACAACAAAAUUAAAGAUUUAUCCUGUGUGAGCAACAUGCCCUACCUCGUCAUCCUGGAUGCUUCUCACAAUGAAAUUUCUAACUUCUUUGGAUUCCAGCCACCCAAGAACCUAAAGGAGGUCAAUUUCUCCCAUAACCGUAUGACAAAAAUGAAGGAUUUAUCAGCCUAUUCAUCUCUUAGUAAACUGGAUCUGGACUACAACAGCUUCAAGGAGAUCAUUGGUCUUGAGCAAUGCUGCAAACUCACUCAUCUCAGCCUGGCAAACAACAAGAUCUCAAGGAUCAGUGGCUUGGACAGUCUGCUGCUCACACAUCUCUCCCUUAGGGGCAACCAGCUGGAGAGGAUAGAAGGGUUGGAGAAUCUGAGGAGUCUGCAGGUUCUUGACUUGUCUCUGAACCGCAUCACCAGUCUUUCUGGUCUCCAGAACCUCCACCUACUGGGCUCCAUCAACCUCGAGAAAAACCUGAUUACUGAAAUUCAGGAGUGCAAGCACAUUCAUGAUCUUCUCCUAUUGAGGGACCUCAAUCUGCUGGGAAACCCUGUGCAGGAGCAACAGGACUACAGACUGUCAGUUGUUUUCCUCCUUCAACAUCUUACUGUGCUGGACCAAGAGAAAGUCACUCCUGAAGAGAAGGUGUCAUCAGUGAACAAAUAUGAUCCUCCUAUGGAUGUGGUGGCAGCCAGAAAUCACAUGACCCACCUGGUGUAUCAGCUGAUGCAGCCUCAGAUACUCUAUGACAGUACUUUGCCCAGUGCAGACUCUCCCUAUCCUAUGCUGGUGCUGACAGGUCCUCAAGGCUGUGGGAAGAGAGAGCUGGCCCACAGACUGUGUCAGGAGUUAAGUGAAUACUUUGCAUAUGGAACCUGUCACACCACCAGGGGGCCCUACUUUGGAGAGGAGAAUGGAAUUGAUUACCAUUUUGUCAGUGAGGAAGACUUUCAGCACAUGAUUCACAUGGGUAAGUUCAUCCAGACCAUGCCUUAUGGGGGUCACAGCUAUGGUCUGACCAGAGAUGCCAUAGAGGACGUGGCCAGAGAAGGACUGGCCUGCUGUGUGCACAUGGAGCUGGAGGGUGUGUUCAGUCUGAAGAACAGCUACUUCGAGCCUCGGUUCAUCCUGCUCAUCCCCACCCAAGUGGAGAAGUACAAAGGCCACCUAAAAAGCCGUGGUCUCUACACCCCAGCACAGAUUGACAUAGCGGUGUCACGUAUAGAGCUCUACGCAAACACCAACAGGCAACGGCCGGGAUUCUUCGAUAACGUUAUUCCCUCUGAUGACUGGGAAGAAGCCUACCAGACACUAAAGCAGGUAGUGAAGGAGUACCUGCUGCUAGCGGACCAGGAAGGAGAAAACAACAGAGCAUCCCCUGACAACACCUCCACAGCCUCAAGUCAUGAGCCAGAGGAGAAGCCACCUUCACCUUCGUCGAGGUCAGGAUCAAGGACACUCACGUCACACUCUGCCAAAACUCUUGACCCCUCAGAUUCCUCCUACAGAAACUAUUUUACCAAGAUCCAAGCAGAGCUCAGCCCUCAGAAGAACACCGCUGAGCUGGCUUCCAUCAGGAGGCGUGAGCAGCUGGUGAGAGAGGCUAUAGUGGGGAAGAGUCCAGGGGUCUACAGCCAGCUCUUCAAAAGCUCUCCUCAAACAGCACCAUCAUCACUGCAGCAUCAUGAUGCUGGUACUCAUUUUAGUGAGGACAGCAGCUCAGAUGAGUCUUGUGCCAGUUCAGCACUGUCUGUUCCCAGUUCAGCUGGGGCCUUGUCUGGCUUAGUGGAACCGCUAGAUAUCUCUCUCCUGGGACACGCCUUGGAAACACCAAAAGACCAAAACCACAAUGACCCCCAUCCAGACACGGAUAGACUAGCUGCGGUUGUGUCCCCCUCUUCUGAUAGACGUCCUGGAUCCAACAUCAAGCCCGUCCUGCCACCGAUCCCCACUGGACGCAAGACGCCUGCAGCCCCCAGCCCGGCUCCUUCUCCAAGACCCAGCCCAAAAGCAGCAGUCACAGAGGGAGGUGAUGCAAACAUGGAGCAAUAGCUUUUUAGGUUUUAGGGUAUCUGACAUCUAAGAAAGUUGUAAAUAUUCAAAGUAACAGCUUUUUUUAAGAAUAAAAUUUUUACAUUGGAAGAAAAUGAAAUGAAGUCGACAGUCAACCGCAAAACCACACAUUAGUUGCUAUCUCCCCACAAACUACACAGACUGUGAUGUGUUACACCCAAGCAAUACUUGAGAUUAGGUUUCACUGUCAGCACUUGCCUUUUCCUGUGCUCUGGUACUCCUGCCACAACAUGCCGGGAUCUUUUGAACUUGCUAUAUACUGUAUACAUGAUAAGUGAUCCCGGUAAUGACCAUAUAUAAGGUAACUACAGUAUAAUUAUAGGCAAAGUUGUGCUUUUCCUCACUGUAGGAUUACUGGCUACUGGCCUAAAGGUAUACAGUGUUGACACACAUUAUGAUUCAGGCUCACACAUAAGUUGACAAGUGUGUCUAGUAGUGUGUUGAAGAGAACAGCUAUUUCUGUCUUUUCAUAUUAAUAUGUACAGAUUCAUGACUAUAGGAGGUAUCUGUUCAUCUUGGAAAAGUUCAUGUCUACAAAGUAUGUGGUUCAUUUAAUGUUUUAUGAAUGUAGCAUUAAUUUUCCUGACACUGAAGUGGUAUUAUGCUUCCUACUGUUCAGUAAUCUCAUCAAAUAGAAUUUUCCAUUGACAUCUAGAUACUGAUCUUUUAUGUGUGGCGUAGAGCUCUUGUCAUCGGAUGAUAAAUACAUCAUUAAUCUUUAUCUCCUCUGAUGGGAUUAUUUAUUCAACUGGAAAUGCAUUCAUAUGGAAGUUGUUGACAGGUAUUAAA